UAUUUAAGGUGGGGAAUUAGGGAUUUAAACAACAAAACCAUUGUGGAUUAAAUCAUUAGAAUGAGAAAAAUGGUUUCUUUCUCUCUCCACCGCCAGUGAUCAAAGGAACCAGCGAGGAGUACUACUAUAGAAGACUCCCUCAUCCGGGCUCAAGGAAGAGAAAGAGAAGGCAAAGAUGGCACGGCGAGGGUUGGGGCCGGCGGAGGAGUACGACUAUCUGUUCAAGAUGGUGCUGAUCGGCGACUCGGGCGUGGGCAAAUCCAACCUUCUCUCCCGCUUCACCCGCAACGAGUUCUUCCUCGAUUCCAAGUCCACCAUCGGCGUCGAAUUCGCCACCCGCACCCUCCAAGUAGAGGGGAGGACAAUAAAAGCACAAAUAUGGGACACAGCAGGCCAGGAGCGAUACAGGGCAAUAACCAGUGCCUACUACCGUGGUGCCCUGGGAGCCCUCCUAGUCUAUGAUGUGACCAAGCCCACAACUUUCGAGAAUUUGAACCGGUGGCUUAAGGAGCUCCGUGACCAUGCUGACUCCAACAUUGUGGUUAUGCUCAUUGGUAACAAGAUUGACCUCAAGCACCUUCGAGCAGUUGCCUCAGAGGAUGCACAGAGCUUUGCUGAGAAGGAAGGUCUGUCCUUCAUUGAGACCUCUGCUCUGGAGGCCACGAAUGUAGAGAGAGCCUUUCAGAUUAUCCUUUCAGAGAUAUAUCGAAUCAUCAGUAAGAAGCCUCUGUCCUCUUCAGAGCCGGCACUGGGACCUUCCGGAGGCAUCAAAGAAGGGAAGGCCAUUGAGGUGUCAGCUUCGCAUGAUGACAAUACUAAGAAGCAAUGCUGCUCCACAUAGAGGUGCUUCUUUGGGCUGUGCUUUGACAUGCUGCAAAUUUGGGAUCAGUGCUCGUGGACUAAUUUGUGUGCUUUGGUUGGGAUCAUGUGCUUAUUUGAGGUGACCUUUGACUAGAUCUGUAGGAUCUCAAUGUAUCCUGCCCUGUUCUCAGCCCCUCUGAGAAAUAUGUAUGGUAUUAUAUGACCUCCACCCCCAAGAGAGAGAGCUUGUGCUAAUUGUCCAACCAUUUCGAUGGGAAGAUUGUGUGUAUUCAGAUGCCUUUUGUUCUACAGCAAAUCUGAAAAGGAAGUGGUGGGAAUUAUCAGGUUCAACUGUGCAACCCCUGCACGAAGGAUUCUGUGACCUUCUUCUUUGUCGUGUUGUUUAUUGAUGGGAAACAGCUCAAGCCGUUUGCAUGCUUAUUGAUCGGAAAUGGUUCAAGCUGUUUGCACGAGCCUGUAAUGUUACCAUAUUUUCUGUUAGUUUUUCCAGAAGUUCCCUUUUUUUGUUGCAAAACGUGAUAUCUUUUGUUUCAGCCCAAGUAGUUUUGCCGUAGAAUACUUAUAACCAUAGUUGAGUUGAUGAUGGGUGAUUGAGGGCAAUGUGCACCCUAUGCUUUGGGUUCUUUUGUCUCAUUUCAUUUUAUCUUCUUCAUGUAUCAUGUGUUUCUGAAGGAUCAUAUUUGCACUGGAAACUUUGCUUAACAUAAAUCACUGCUAAGAGCUUUCCCCU